CCACCUCUGGAAGACUGCUCGCAAUUGUCCAGGAUGGGGAUCACGUUGCCUGGGCUGUACGAUUUAGAUUUGAGUGGUGAACGACGCUUGGACAGGGUGAGACCUGUAUUUUGUGAUGGAGAAUGGACCACCGUUCUCAAAAGAGGUCAAUUCGGAAAUGAUAGAUAUUUGUUUGACAAAACUUGGAGUGAGUACCAAAAUGGCUUUGGAGAUGCUGCUGGAGAGCAUUGGAUUGGUUUGGACAUGCUCCAUAAAAUGACCACAGACAGGGAAUACGAGCUGAGAAUCCAGUUCAUAGAUCAAUCCGAUCAUUUUCGUCAAAGCUUUUACGACAUCUUUUCGAUUGGAUCACCUCCAUUCUAUUAUUUGAACGUUAAUGGCUUCCAUUCGGGACCGGAUUCGAAGACUCGCGAUGCAUUGACCUCCAUGGACGGGAAUCCUUUCUCCACUUCGGAUAAUGAUCAAGAUAGCGAAGCUGUCAAUUUAGCACAAUUGUCGCGAGGAGGCGGAUGGUUUGGAAAGGGAUACUUAACAAAUCCCUUUGGGUCGAACUUCAAUUUUCGACAAAGUGAUCCUGAUGUUGGAAUCACUUGGACUCCUCACCUGGGAAAUACGGAAUCUAUGAAGUCCAUGACUUGGUCAAUUCGACCUAAAAAGUUGUACGAUAUUGGAGAAAGAAUGAUUGGAUAUGGUACAGGGACUGGUUUGGGAAUUGGCAGGCUCAAGACAUAUAAUUCCCUGGUCAACCCUGGGUCUUUCAAUUUCAACCAGUCUACUGCAAAGUAUUUUGAAUCUAGUGCCACUGGACAUCUCUUAGACGUUGAUCUUCUCCUAAGUUGCGGUGGUUUUUUCGGAUCCAAAACAUGUCAAAAAUUUGAUCCUCGGACAGGAAUUUGGAGUGACAGUGAAGCAAUUCUACCCAAACACCUCUGGGCAACAAUGCAUACCACCCUUCACCAUCAGUUAUGGAUCUUCGGUGGCUCAGACUUUUAUAUGUCAGGGAGCCUAAGCGACGCCUAUGCUUGUAGCAUUAAUCGUUGUUCCAUGGUGAGUCCAUUCCCAUAUGGUACAAUACAAUCGGGAGCUGCUUGUCCCUUGAACAGUCAGGAGAUCAUGCUAAAUAUCGUCACCCAAUCUCAAAAUGGAAUCAAUCACAUGGAUGUGGUCACGUCUUAUAUCUACGACAUUAGUCAAGACAAUUAUAGAGCCAUCUCGUCCCGUCCCACGUUACGGAAUGGUCUGUGCUCUUGCGCUACGUGGAUCAGUCUCACUGGAGACACCUAUGUGAUCCUCAUUGAGAAUCACUUGGGGACAAAUCCAUUAGUGGUUGAUCGAUAUCAUGUUGAUUCUGAUUCUUGGGACUCGCCGCCAGAGUUGGCCUUUCCAUCUAGCCCCCCUUUUUACUUGAUUAACAGAGCAGAUGGUUCGUUACUCGCAAUUGGGAGUGGGGACUCAGAGCAUCUGCUGAGGAAGAUGAAUCCUGACAUGUCUGGUUGGACUUUGUUACCCGUUGGAUACCAGGACAAUUCUAUUCAUUUUGCCUUCGAAUGGCUCGGACACAAGGUUGAAAAUCCCAUCGUGACUGAUAUUACCAGCAGUUCAUUGUUAUUUAACGAAGAAGUUCAAAGCAAAGUCAAUAUCUUGAAAUAUUACAAGAGAUUGGGUAUAAAUCAUACAUUUCGUUGUCCCUCUGGAAUGAAGAUUGAGGAUGAGUCAGGCAAUCUUCACGAUCAUUUGACUCUUGGUUGUCUAAGCACUGGCUGGAGUUCAAACUUGGUACCAAAAACCUGUGUGUUUGAUGCCUGUCCUAUGCCUGGAACCAAUCACUUAGCUGAGGGUUUUAUUGUGAGUUCUUGGAAUGGAGAGCCGGUUUCAGUGGGCCAAACCUUGAAUUUCACUUGCCCAGAUGGUUUGGUAGUAGAAACUAGGCCAGGAUUGUCUGAAUUACCUCUUAUUUGCCAAGAUGACGGAAGUUUCUUAACCCCUAGCCCAUGGCCAAAUUGCGUCACAGAUGCAACUUGCCCUUUAUUGUCACCAACACCCGUGAAUGGCGGUGUGAAGCUCUUCUUUGACGGCGCUCCAUUUGGCCCUUGCUUUGGGAAUCAUGAGCCAAAUACGUUUGAAAUUUCUCCAAUGUGUCCAGAAGUGGAACUAGUAAUGACUCAUAUGGGGUUUACCUCUUCCACGCGUCUCAAGUCAACGUUUGAGCUGAAAAUCACCCCAAUCGCAUCCACACAUCUUUAUGUUCACAUCGUUUUCUCGAAACAAUUGUUGGCUGCAGACUUCGAGAUACUAAAACCAAAUCAAGAGUCUGACCGCCGACUUUCGUUCUCGUUUACUGGGCUCUCAGUGGGCGUGUCAUCAACCCAUUCAUUCUCUGUAUCUCACGAAGUUACUUCUGGCAAAGAGCUAUGCGUUUACCAAGUGACAUGUGGAACAGAUUCAGAGCUUUUAGGUAUCACAGACCCCGCUUUGCGUAACUCCUUCGAUCCAAAUGUGGAUGCUGUUAAAGUGGGAUCUUUGAUUGAGUUCACUUGUCCAAAUUUGACAGCCUUUUACUUUGGGGGAGUCAUUGGACCUCAAAUAUUGAAUUACUCCUGUUUGGAUUCCAAAGUUUGGAACUUUCCAAAUCCUGUGCCGGAUUGUGUCAAAACGUAUUGUGAUCUCCCUCCAAGCGCUCCACUUGAUACAAAUCUAUUGCCUUAUCGAAAUAGCUCUUUUACCAAAGUGGGGGAGUACACCCCUUACGUCUGUCGAGAUGGAAUGCGAUUGGAGAACGAUCCCGGUGAUGAUGUAUUAAAUGUCUUGUGUGGAUAUGACGGACAUUAUGAUCUUCCGAUCAAGUGGCCUACUUGUAUAAGGGAGCUUCAUUGCCCUCCCUUGGCAUCCCCUCCAGCCUUGCUUCACGGGUCUGCUCGCAUUCUAAAUGAAGGUGUUCGUUUUGGUCCGUGUAUCGGUGGUAAUGGCAUCUUGGCUGGUGAUGAUGAUUGCUCAAACAUGAGGUUACAGAUUCACGAACAGACACCACUGAAUGCUACUCAUGUUAGAAUUAAAAUGGUGGUGAAAGUAACUUCAACAACACGUCAAGUGGUAGCCAACUUGACAUUCUCUCGCGUACUUAAAAUGAAUAACAUUGAGGUGCCCAGCCAUGUCUAUGUGACAGCAGGCCAAAGUGACCAUCAAUUGCAACUUUUGUUUGACAUGAUGGAGCCAUAUGACAUUGAGUUGAUUGAGAUAUUUUUCAUUGUUGAGCAUGGUCCAAGCAUUGGGGUGUGCGUCUACAAAGUAAUUUGCGGAAACACUCAUAAGGACCUGGUUUCAAGUCGGACCACAGAAGACUACACUUUUCAUCCAGCCUCUGAAUCUUUGCUUUACGGAGCUAUUGUGGAAUAUUCAUGUGGUUCUUAUGCACUUUUUCAAUUCAACGCCACAACUCUGGAGGAAAACCUGACCUACAAAUGUGGUUCAGAUGGAAAUUGGAAUCUGCCCCUAACCCUUCCUCCGUGUCACCAAUUGAAAUGUGGUUCGAUUCCACAACCGUCUCCCGAGUUCAACUUGGAGCCUUAUAAAUGGGAUGGAUUGCCAGUGGCAUUUGGCAGGGCCUUGCAAUUUCGAUGCCAGAGGGGACAAAAAUUCGAGCACGAUUUCAAUCACCUGUACGAAGAAGCAACUUGCGAAUCAACAGGAAUUUGGAACACGCCCGCCCCUGAUUGGACACCCUGCGUGACAACCAAGCACUGCAAUAAUUACCCAACUCCACCUGAGAAUAUCACGAUCAAGCAAAAAAGUACAGGCCAAGCCUUUGGACAAAUUUGUUUAGGGUCCAGGAAUGUCUCCUUGGGGGAGCCCUUGCCUGGAUCCGAAGCAUGUUUAUCUCCUUUGAUUCGCAAGGUCUCACAAGUCAGAACUACCGACAUGAGAGGGAAGAAUAUGAGUAUUAGCGGAUACACUCUGACUUUUGAUCCAAGCAUUGGCACACACAUCAACGGACUUCUAGCCUUUUCCUACCCAGUCUCAAUCUCCAACGUCGAAUUUAGUUGUGGAAUUCAAUCCAACUUGAGCAUUACAACAUCUAAUACAAUCUUAUCUUUGACUUGCGAUUUUCAUGUGGAUGGUAGAGACAACACCGUCAUCCUCACAAUCAAACAUCCAGUUGAUGAGCCUGAGCCUUGCGUCGACUACUUCGUUUGUAGACCAUGUGAAUCAACCACACAAUGUGAAGUGGAUGCUCAAGAUCUUGAUCUGAAAGAGCAUUUUGACCCCUACAAAUUUGGUUCGAUCCUCAGCUAUCAGUGUCCGCCAGGUUUUGGUUUUGCGGUCAAUUCAAGCCAUGCAAUUCAGGAGCAAGACAUCACUUGCCAAUGGAAUAAAACUUGGUCCAAAUUGUCAUUUUCUUUGCAAUGUAAACCUUUUGGAUGUCCUCCUGCUCGUGUGUUUCAUUGGUCCAAGCGGAUCCAGCUGUUGAACCCUUUGCCAGAGGGCCAUUUGGCCCCCUUUGAUUAUCGAGCGAGGUAUGAAUGUCAAAAUGGCUACAACUUUGACCAUGAACAUUCAUUCCCAGGCUUUGAUAUCACUUGUCAAAGAAACGGAACCUGGUCCCAUUACGAAACUGAUUGGUAUUGUGACCUACCAUCAACCAGAUUUCGGAAUGUACCCCCUCCCCCUCCUCCGAGCGAGGGCUAUUAUGUGAAUUGGAAUAUCAGUAUGCUAGCCAAGACAGCUUAUGGGACAAUCAUAGAAUAUAAAUGUAACCCUAACCGAGCUUUUGAGAUUGAUUCAGGGAUGUUUGUGCAUGUGUUUCAACUCACCGCCUUGUGGAACAAGACCUGGUAUCCUAGCGAGGUGCCAAAUUGUGUGCUUGUCAAUUGUGUGGACCCGCCACUGAUUCGCAACAUGAUGCGACUUUGGAAUUAUGGCCCUGUGGCCUUUCAUCAACAGAUUGAAUAUGUUUGCCAGCCUGGGUUUUAUUUUGAAUCGAGUCGGGAGAGGUAUUCCACAUUCAUCAAAUGUCUACCGAGCGGAUACUAUGAUGCUCGAAACUUUGAAAUGUGUUUUGACACGGCGUAUUGUACCCUUGAUGAACCAGUAGAGAAACCGUUACGUGGGUUCCGGAAUUGGAACAACAACAUUUUCUAUAAGUCGAAAAUCACUUACAAUUGUGGACCUCAUGCUACUUUCGUUUACGGCGAUGGUCGACAAGCCCAAAGGAUUACGAGCCAAUGCCAAUGGAAUCGGACAUGGAGUAUUCAAAAACUCCCGGAUUGUCAAUAUACCCAUUGCAAUGUGGUUCAUGAGCCUCCUUUAGACUCUGGCUUCGUGUUCAACCACCAAGAGAUUGAGUUAUUGACUGAUCUGAACGACUUUCAACGCAAAUCCCCGUUAGUGUUCCCUGGGACCAGGAAAUUCGGAACAUCGCACUCAUUUCACUUCGAAGGAAUACUAACCGAAAUAAGCCACAACUAUAGUCUGAAAUUUGUCGAUAAUCUGUUUGAUGUUGUACUAGACAUGGCUUUGAACCCUGCGGAUAACUCUGUUCUCUUAACCAACAGAUUUAUGCAUGAUUACCAAAAUGAGUCUAUCGUCAUGGAACAAGGUGAUCCCAUCAUCAUUCGAAUAAACGCUAAUUUGGAUAUCACUGCCUUUGAGAUUCAGAUUAAUGACAACACUGAAUUUGACUUCUGCCUCCAAGUGGGCAUAACCACUAUGCAGAUCUCGGAAGUACGCGUGGACGGCGGCUUUGACGUUCAAUACAUUGGUUUUGUUAAAAAGGGAGUAAAUCCGGCCAUUCCAGUUGGAUCAUCACUCUACUUUGAUUGUGAACCAGGCAAAGUUCUCAGCCACAAUUGGCUUAUCAAACCUCAAGUUCAGUUGUACUGCCGAAGCAGUGGCGUCUUCUCAGAACCAAACCCAUGGCCAAAAUGUGUAUCUAUCAAAGAAGCUUACGCCAUUUGGUUGGAAAGCACCGACGAAUUUCAAAGGCUGGGAUUGAGCGGCUACGAUUACAUUUCUGGGCCAGCGUUCCCAGACAAUGAAUUGGCAUCCCGUCACAAUGCAACAUUGAAAUAUGGUCUUGAAGAAAUCAGUCAGACUCUCGCUUGGAAUGAUGCCUGGCUGCUUGGCUGGAAUGGUGUGUGGAACGCAACUUGGAUCAAUGACUUAUUUUCGGAGUGGAAUGACCGAUUGGAUCGUUCAUUGCAAGCGUUUGACUUUUUAGGUGAGUACCGUUGCGGAUUACCUUGGGCAAUUGAGCAUCAUGGACCAACAACAUUAGUGUUAAAAAAUUGUCAUGAAAAUCGAGGAAAUAAAUGCGCUCUGCUUCCAAUUUUACAAACAAUUUAUUCAUCAAUUGUAAAACAUUGAUUUCAUAUUGAUAUAGUUUUUUAACAUGAAUGUGACUACACUAUUUUUGAUGGUAGAUAGAGCAAUAUCGGGAGGGAUGUUCGUUUUUUUUCUGCCCUAAAAGGUGGUAAAAUUUGAGCCCUUCAUCAGAUUUUAAAAUAAAAACCAAAUGAAGCGUAGAAGAACAUAACUUUGGAUAAAAGACAUGAUUAUAUUCGAUAUAUGUUUUGAAGGCCCGAAGAUCUUUGUACAAGACCAAAAAGCCCCCAAGUUGUAGACAGAAUCAAGGUCACCCCAAAAAUCCAGCAACAAGAUAGAGGACCAUGAGUCAACCUGAAUUCUGUCAUGGUCAAUUCAGGUAUAAAGUGAUAUCGGCAGCUCUGGGGAAAAGAUGUUCCAGUACACAAAAAGCGGUUCAAAAUCGCUUCAUAUUCUAGUUAUUUGUUUUUUUUUCACUACAGGCAAAUUUAGAUAUUUUGGAUAAUGUUUGAAGUUGUGUUUGAGCUGCCGGCAACUGAUCACCGAGGGUGUGUGUCAAAAAGUGUCCAUUGACCCACCGGUAUCCACACCGACACAUCCAUGCACCCUCUUUCUAUGGUGAUCUUUCAUCAAACCAAGGCCAGGUUCAUCGAGUGAAGAAGCCUUGACGUUUGGUUGAUAGAAAAGGCACAGUCUCGAGACCCAUUCAGGGAUGGGAGGUCUCCCUUAAGCUUGACCAGAGAUUCUCCAGACAUCAAUCAGUUUUGAGCACGGGAAACGUCUGUCCAUAGCUCAAAGGCCACCUCACACCCGGGUCAUCACAGCACUCGAUUCCGAAACAAAUCAGAAUGUGCAACUGUUGAGCUGGUUCCCAAUUGGGUGACGGGGAUUUGCAUUUUGAAUUUGGCCUCAACAUACACAACAAAGAGGCCCUGGACGAAGCACAACUAAAGAAUGAAACAAAGAGUUACAAGGAGGCUGGUGAACUUGUAAUUCUUUGGAGGAGGAUUGAUUCGUCUGGUGGUGCUCAUGUCGUGUGUGUUGCUCCAAUCUGUACAACCCCACUUGGACUUGGAACGGAGUGCUUGGGAGAUUGGUUCGGAUGAGACCCGGAAUGAUCCGGCGGGGUUUCAUCUAGUUGAGCGGUUGAUUGGACAUGGACUUUUAUUACGUUUUUUGGGGAAGGAGGGGGGGGGGACAACGAACUGAGCACGGUUGCCUGAUGAUCGUUUGAAGUUGUUUCAACAAUAUAACCACUCUAGCCAUGUCCGCAAGAACCAAUCUGUGUGUCGACGUCGCAACCCCCGCGUUCUCAUCCUCAGCGAUCCCGGACACCAGUCCCCGUAGCCUCCGUUCCAGUCCACCGUGAGAAACCCAAUAGAGAAUCGGUGCCCUGGCGUUGCUUAGGAGUCGGGAGAGAGAUCUCCGAAAGCCCCAUUCUGAGCCCAACACAAGUCCAAACAUGACACCUAAGAUCUUGGGUUAGGUGUUUUCAGUUAGUUGGAUCUGCACACACAGAGAGUUAUGUUAUUUUUUGACUUUUACAUCAAUCAAAAUUUGAAACGGUAAUAAUUAGAUUAGAUUGUAAAUCAAAACGAAGUAUGAAGAAACCAAAAUUCUCAACUAAAGCAUUUGGUGGGAUAUUUUUGGCGUUAUUUUUCAACAUUUUCAAGGCUUUGAGAGUCGGGUUAUAUCCAUUUGGGUCCAAAAAGGGAGGGGCCGGGGGAGUAUUACUGAUUUGACAAAUUAGACGACUUCUGUCAGAGGGAUGUUUUUCAUUGAGCCGUAUGCUUUUGCGUUGUUGGUGGCGUUGACUUUUUUGUAUUCAAGAUAGAUGGAUGGUUGGUUGGUUGAAGUGAUGCCUCAUUACAAGUUUAGGGUAAUCUCGUUUUUCUGAGAUGACAGAGUGAUGCUAAGGUUUCCAGAAAUAAUCAUCUCUUUGCAACUCAUGUGUGGAAUAAUAGGUCCCAAACAGCAGACUCUCUUGCUGAUUGGUUCGAUUAAAUCAAGACACAAAGGUACCCAAAGGAUUAUUGAUAUAGAUGAUAUGGGAAUGGGGAUAGUGGAGGUUCCUUUGAAGGGGAGUUUGAGGAUGGAUGGGAUUUUGUUGUCGUGUUUUGAAGUAUGGUCUUUAUGAACUGAGGGGGAAAAAUGAAAAAAAAAAAAACGUGGAGCCUAUUUUGUCAAUAUGGCAUGUGGUAAAGAACAUGAGUAAAUUUUUCAGAUGACAUCAAGUUUUUUUGGAUGUUAUGAAGUCUACAAAGACAAAAUUGAUAAUAAAGUGUUGUUUUGAAUCAUUAGAUCAAUUUGAAGGGAAAGGGAUGGAGAUAAGAAUAGGGGUUGUUGUGCUAUUUCAAACUGCACAAAGAGGUUGAUGUCGAUGUAGUUGUAGUUGUUGUUGUCGUAAUAGUAGUUGCAGUGGUAGCAACAUUAGUAAUAUUAGUCAGUAUAUUGGGAGGGGAAAAUAGUUGCUAACAACAACAACAGGGAAACGGGAAAGAUGAUGGAUAAUAAUAAUUGAAGUUUAAAUUGUAUUAGUAAGAAAAUAUAAUUAUGAUUUAUAUCUGCCCCUCAUCUCAGCAUUUGAAUUAACUUAGGAUAUGCUUGGUAAUUUUUGGGUACUUGCUUUUUAAGGGAUAUUACUCUAAAAGAUUGGUUGAAGCUUCCUUAAGACAUCCUAUGUGUGUUUGUGAGUGUGCCUCUGAGGAAUGGGUAAUAAUUGUCAUUUAAUCAGGAGCCUCAGUUGGAGAAAUAGGUGUUCCUUUCUCAAGGCGAUUCACCGUCGAAAGCGAUCGUCCUCCAAUACCACCCAAACGAUGAGGUGUUGCGUCAUCGUCAUGACUUGAUAGGCCUGGUGGUAGGUUUUGUCCGGGUUUGAUGUUACAUGGCCCACCAAGGACAGUGUUUAACGUGGUUCUGCCUCCCUCGAGGGUUCAAGACAGGUUCCAUUCAAUCGUAUUCUGCUUGGGCUUCGGACAACACUACGAAGAGAUGUCUCAGGGUGACCGCAUGGAGUAAAGUUACCUUAUACUUCAGAUGACCACCCGAAACAGCUAAGGGAUGGUGGAUCUCACUGAGGCAGAGCCUUCAAGAUGGCAUGCACCUCUUCGGCUACAGCCAUGAGGCAGAACUCGAAUUGUUGUCGACUUUGAACCAUUCCUCCUCGCUGAUCUCGAAUAUGUUCCAAAGUGGCUGCAAUGUCGAUCUCUUUACAACCUUUAGCCAUUCGAUUCAGCACCAUAUCGAUGAGGACAUAGGUGCCAGAUCGGCCCACUCCGUCGCUAGAUAAAAUCAAACCAAAAUGAUUAAGUGACAGUUGCGAGGCCUCCCCGAUGGUCGACUUUACCUGCAAUGGACUGCAAUGGGACAAGAUCGUCCUCGAUAGCUCUUAUUGACUUUCCUCCGGAACUCCAAAAGUGCCUUGGUGGAGAUCGGCACUCCGUGGGCUGGCCAAGAUAAAAAGUGGAACUGGGUGACAGUUCGAGUCUCGCCAGUUCUUGUGUUCUUCAGAUACACGGAUCGGACAAGGUAGUCGUCACACCACACAUGCUCGCUCACCAAAUGGACCU